AUGGAACCGUUCAAGCUAGCUCCCACGCCCGUCACUCUGCCCGAGUACUUUGCUUUUAAAGAAUUCACUCCUAAGAACCCCGAACAGGGUGUGAGAUACUUCCACUCCGUCAUCAAGCCGUGGCGCCCUUUCUCGUCUCCUGGCACCUUUGGAGGAUUCUGUCUGAGCCAGGGAGCUCUUUGCGCCGCCUACACAUGCCCCAAGGGCUUUGUUGUGCACAACCAGCACUCGUACUUCCUUCUUCCGGGUCGUUGGGACGUGCCGUUCCUAUGGAGAGUGGAAUCUGUGCGAGACGGCCGAUCUUACUGCACCCGAGAAGUCAAGGCGUACCAGCCCGAUCUCGGAUUCGAAUUCCCCGAGUCUCCUUACCAACAGCCCUCUGACUUCGACUUCACAGACCCCGCCAGCAAAAAAUGGCUCGCCUACACAGCCCAUUCCUCCAUCAAGCUACCCCACAAAGACACCAUGUUCCACGAAAAGAAGCUACGACAGGAUUUUUUCGCCAAAAACGUGCCUGGAGGAGCUGAGGGACACGAUCUGGCACCCGACAUUGACAUCCCCAUGUGGGUGGACUGGUCCAAGGACCCUGCUAACGGCUACAAGCUGGAACCUCAUCCGAUAGAGAUGCGCAAGGUGGACAUGGACAAGGUGCUUCCUGCAGUCAACAAGGGCAAGGACGUGGCCGAGAGACGUCAGCUGUACUUUUUCCGAGUGCCCUACAAGCUGCCUGACGACAUGAACUACCAUGUGGCAGCCAUGCUCUAUCUGUCAGAUCGAAACUCGCUCUUCACCUGUAUGAACCUGAGAGACAAGGUGCCCACUUUGGCGCGCCUGGCAUCGCUGGACCAUCAGUUUACUAUGCAUGACAUGCACUCUCGUGUGGACGAGGGCUGGAUGCCUAUGGAGACCUGGACUGACUGGGCUGGAGACUGUCGAGGACAGUACCAGGGCCGACUAUUUACAGAUGAAGGCAAGCUUGUAUGCACAUUUAUGCAAGACGGUCUGAUUCGAACCGUUGAGGAGGACCACGAUGACGACGACGACAAGAAGGAGGAUGACAAGGCUGAUAACACCACCCGACAGGUUCCUCGAAGAAGAAAGAAGAAGACUCCUGCUCAGAAUUUGUUUCUCAAGUUCAAAGCUGUGCUUUAA